GAGGUCGCUCGGGUCGGGUGUCGUCUGAGAACCGGAUGAGGCGGCGACUGUGAGGCUGAGCCGGGAGCGGGCGUCGCGCCGAGGCCCGGGCGGGCGGGGAGCAACGGCCGCGGACGCCGCGGGGCCGCUUCGUUAAGGGCCGGGGGCGGGCGGGGAGCGCGGGGCACUCGGGCCGGGGCCGCCAGCGCCAUGGGCAACCGCGGGAUGGAAGAGCUGAUCCCGCUGGUCAACAAGCUGCAGGACGCUUUCAGCUCCAUCGGCCAGAGCUGCCACCUGGACCUGCCGCAGAUCGCCGUGGUGGGCGGCCAGAGCGCCGGCAAGAGCUCGGUGCUCGAGAACUUCGUCGGCCGGGACUUCCUUCCCCGAGGUUCAGGAAUCGUGACCCGGCGGCCUCUCAUUCUGCAGCUCAUCUUCUCAAAAACAGAAUAUGCUGAGUUUUUGCACUGUAAGUCCAAAAAGUUUACAGACUUUGAUGAAGUCCGGCAGGAGAUCGAAGCGGAGACGGACAGGGUCACGGGGACCAACAAAGGCAUCUCCCCAGUGCCCAUCAACCUGCGGGUCUACUCGCCCCACGUGUUGAACCUGACCCUCAUUGACCUGCCGGGUAUCACCAAGGUGCCCGUGGGCGACCAGCCCCCAGAUAUCGAGUACCAGAUCAAGGACAUGAUCCUGCAGUUCAUCAGCCGGGAGAGCAGCCUUAUUCUUGCCGUCACCCCUGCCAACAUGGACCUGGCCAACUCAGACGCCCUCAAGCUGGCCAAGGAGGUCGACCCACAAGGCCUGCGGACCAUCGGCGUCAUCACCAAGCUCGACCUGAUGGACGAAGGCACUGACGCCAGGGACAUCCUGGAGAACAAGCUGCUCCCCUUGAGAAGAGGCUACAUCGGCGUGGUAAACCGCAGCCAGAAGGACAUCGAGGGCAAGAAGGACAUCCGCGCGGCGCUGGCGGCCGAGAGAAAGUUCUUCCUCUCCCACCCGGCCUACCGGCACAUGGCCGACCGCAUGGGCACCCCGCACCUGCAGAAGACCCUGAAUCAGCAACUGACCAACCACAUCAGGGAGUCGCUGCCAGCCCUGCGGAGCAAGCUGCAGAGCCAGCUGCUAUCCCUGGAGAAGGAGGUGGAGGAGUAUAAGAACUUCCGGCCCGAUGACCCCACCCGCAAAACCAAAGCCUUGCUGCAGAUGGUCCAGCAGUUUGGGGUAGACUUUGAAAAGAGGAUCGAAGGCUCCGGAGACCAAGUGGACACGCUGGAGCUCUCCGGGGGUGCCCGAAUCAAUCGCAUCUUCCAUGAGCGGUUUCCCUUUGAGCUGGUGAAGAUGGAGUUUGACGAGAAGGAUUUACGGCGCGAGAUCAGCUACGCCAUUAAGAACAUCCAUGGAGUCAGGACCGGGCUCUUCACCCCGGACUUGGCAUUCGAGGCCAUUGUGAAAAAGCAGGUCGUCAAGCUGAAAGAGCCCUGUCUGAAAUGUGUCGACCUGGUUAUCCAGGAGCUAAUCAAUACAGUUAGGCAGUGUACCAGUAAGCUCAGCUCCUACCCCCGCUUGCGAGAAGAGACGGAGCGAAUCGUCACUACCUACAUCCGGGAACGGGAGGGGAGAACCAAGGACCAGAUUCUUCUUCUGAUUGACAUCGAGCAGUCCUACAUCAACACGAACCACGAGGACUUCAUUGGUUUUGCCAACGCCCAGCAGAGGAGCACACAGCUGAACAAGAAGAGAGCCAUCCCCAACCAGGGGGAGAUCUUGGUGAUCCGCAGGGGCUGGCUGACCAUCAACAACAUCAGCCUGAUGAAGGGCGGUUCCAAGGAGUACUGGUUUGUGCUGACUGCAGAGUCUCUAUCCUGGUACAAGGAUGAGGAGGAGAAGGAGAAGAAGUACAUGCUGCCUCUGGACAACCUUAAAAUCCGCGAUGUGGAGAAAGGCUUCAUGUCCAACAAGCACGUCUUCGCCAUCUUCAACACGGAGCAGAGGAACGUCUACAAGGACCUUCGGCAGAUUGAGCUGGCCUGUGACUCCCAGGAGGACGUGGACAGCUGGAAGGCCUCGUUCCUCCGAGCUGGGGUCUACCCCGAGAAGGACCAGGCAGAAAAUGAGGAUGGAGUCCAGGAGAACACCUUCUCCAUGGACCCGCAACUCGAGCGGCAGGUGGAGACCAUCCGCAACCUGGUGGACUCCUAUGUGGCCAUUAUCAACAAGUCCAUCCGCGACCUCAUGCCAAAGACCAUCAUGCACCUCAUGAUCAACAAUACAAAGGCCUUCAUCCACCACGAGCUGCUGGCCUACCUAUACUCCUCGGCGGACCAGAGCAGCCUCAUGGAGGAAUCGGCCGACCAGGCCCAGCGGCGGGACGACAUGCUGCGCAUGUACCAUGCACUCAAGGAGGCCCUCAACAUCAUCGGGGACAUCAGCACCAGCACCGUGUCCACGCCUGUGCCCCCGCCUGUCGACGACACCUGGCUCCAGAGCACCAGCAGCCACAGCCCCACUCCACAGCGCCGACCCAUGUCCAGCGCACAUCCCCCGGGCCGGCCGCCAGCAGUGAGAGGCCCGACCCCAGGGCCCCCUCUGAUUCCCGUGCCAGUGGGGGCAGCAGCCUCCUUCGCCGCACCCCCCAUCCCGUCCAGGCCUGGACCCCAGAGUGUGUUUGCCAACAACGACCCCUUCUCAGCCCCGCCUCAGGUCCCAUCUCGGCCAGCUCGGAUUCCACCCGGCAUCCCCCCUGGAGUGCCCAGCAGAAGACCCCCUGCUGCGCCCAGCCGACCCACCAUUAUCCGCCCAGCCGAGCCAUCCCUGCUCGACUAGGCUGCGGGGGCGGGGGGGGGGUGGUGUGUUCUCAGGGGGUCUUCACACACCUGCCAUGCAGGAGCUUCGGUGGUCUGGGCCCCUCCACUGCCCCUGGCCCUGUCAUCCAUGUGCCAGGACCAGGCUCCCUGUGGGCAGCCCCCUGACUCUUCCCUAACCUUGGCCCCCAUCCCCAGCUGGACACAGCACUGAACGAAGGGGCCCUGGAGCCCUGGGGCAAGGGCAGGAGCUGGGGUGUUGCACUUUGGGGGAUGGAGCCACAGGGUAGCAGAGGAGGGAAUGCACCCUGGGCGCCCUCUCUAAUGAGGAUUCAGGCUGGGGCCGGGGGCACUCACCUGGGGCUUCUCUGGCCAGGAAAGCCUGAGACCAGGCCUUCUGGAAACUGGGGCAGCAAGAGUGCCUGUACCCCCAGCCCUUCCUGGGGCCCAAGGAGCAUGUCCACUUCUCAGCAGCAGGAGCUCCAGGCAGUGAGCCAGGCCCAGCAGGCCCCACGCUGCCCACCCUGCGAGUUGUAAAUAUUCCUUCCUUGGCCGUAUUAACCACACGGCCGAGCCUCGGCUGCCGGAGGUGCCUUCGCCGGGUCUGGAAGCCUCCGUCCUGCCGGCCUCGCUCUCUCCUCCCUGGGUCCCCUCCUCCUCCUAGGUCCCCAGGGUGGCUCGGGCUCAGGGCUGAGUGAGUGGGGAGGCUUUGAGGGGCUCCUGGCUCCCACCCAGGCCUCCCCGACGAGGUGGGCCCCAGGUGGCCCAUCGCCGAGCAGACCCUGCUCGCUCCUUGCUCGGUUUGACCACUGUAAGUGCCUGCACUCUGUAUCCUAUUAAUAAACUAAAAUAAAGGGAAGAAGCUUCUGGUG